AUGGCUCUUCCUCUUUUGAUUACAUCACUGAAAUGACAUAAUGGAAAUGACAACAUUUCUAUGUUACUGUGGGGCAACGUAUUACAAGAAGUUAGGUUUGAUUCAGUAGAAAAACUGUUAAUUAAUCAUGGAGUUUGUGUGUUUUAAUAUAUUAGGCCAGGGGUUGGACAGGCCUACUGGAGGCUUUUUGAGUUUACAACAUCUUGACAUUUGGAGAGAUAUUAGAUUUUCACCUGAGAAUAUUGUACAACCUACAUGGAAAAUAAGUAAUAUAAACCGCAAAGUGUAUAUUUUUGAGGAAACUUUUGUUGAGUCAUUUACUUUAAAUGUACAUUCAAUCAUUUAAACCACUGAAUCCGUUCUAUUUGAGUCAUUCUGCUCAAGACGUUUAUCAAAACAAGGAAGUCAAAUGCUCUUAAAAUGGAAUAUAUUUAUAAUUAAAGUGACACAGCUGCAGUUCACAUAGAAGUGAUGUAACUGUAACUCUCUGGAACUUGCGACAGGCUGAGAGGGUGAAGCUGUUUCUCAAGUCAGUAAGUCAACCACAACGAGGAAACAGCACCAUCACAUACAGAUCUGUUAGCAGAGAAGAAAAAGCUCACACAACGUCCGUCUGCUGACAGAGAAUGGACACGAAAUGUCUCCUGGAAUUAAUCCUUAUUUUUGUGCUUCAGUUUGAAGCAGGCAUCAGUGGAGGAGACAUCUUUCUCUAUAACAGACCUGGAGAAGAUGUCAUUCUGCCCUGUGGCACUGCAUCACCCUCUGACCCAACAUGCUCCAAUGUUUUAUGGUUUUACGACAGAGAUCGAUCUCAGACUUUCAUUGAGGUUCAGAAUGGAAAUGUUAGAGAGAGCUCAGCUCGAGCUGACAGACUGAGCGUGGACACUAACUGCUCUUUGGUCAUUAACAUCAUCACUGCUGAGGAUGCUGGUCUCUACACCUGUCGGCAGGGGAGGCGCGUUGAUCAGGAUGCAUCUGUAUUUCUAAGUGUUCUGACAGUCUCUCCAUCUCCACCAGACGCUGAUCCAAGGAGGGACGGUGAAGUCACAUUAGAGUGCUCUCUGUUGACACACAGCAACCUCCUUCCUUGUGAACUGAACAGCAUCCGCUGGUUGGAUGAGACAGGAACUGUGCUGCGUGGUGAUGGUGUCGGGAACAGUUCCCUCAGACAGAUGAAAUGUGUCUCUAGUCUGACUGUGAAGCGUCAGAGUGGCCACAACAGGAAAUACACCUGCCAGCUGCUUAAUGAACAGAACAAUGUAGAGAUACAGGCUGACUACACACCUGACUUCACAGAUCCCACAGUUUGGUCUCCUCUGAGCUACGUCAUGUUGGCUCUGCGUAUUGCAGGACUGAUCCUAAUGAUCGUCAUCACCGCUCUUCUCAUCAGACACACAUGGAACAAAAAAACACUUGAUGAUGACAACGAAGUAGAGAACGAUGGCGACGUCCAGUAUGAAAAUGUGGAAGCACGUGGAAGUCCUGCUGCUGCUGCUGCUGCUCCUGCUGCUGCUACUACUACUACUACUACUACUACUACUGCUGCUCCUGCUGCUCCUGCUGCUGCUGCUGCUGCUGCUGCUCGACUGCACUGAUCAACAACCCCAGCUCGUCAGAAAGUCAAAUAUCAUCAUUUCUCACUUGUGAUCAAAGCUUUGAGUUAAAACGAUUGCUUUAUAUUUUGAACUUAUUGCAGUUCUGCAGAUUAUUUUAUCCUCAUUUAGCUAACAGUUUUGAUUUGAUGGCACAUGUACUGUAUACUUCAGCCUCCGUGCUCUCAUCAACCCAGCAGCAGCAAACAGCUCUGCGUUAUUUCCCUCAAUAGGUGGUGGAGACCAAAAGCGGAGCUAAAAGAGCGUGAAUUCAUCAGGUGGAUGCAACUUGAAUGGGAAGCUGGUCUGCUGCUAUAUUUGCUUUUUAUUUGGCUCAAAGAAGUCAAAUGCUUUCUGUUGAACUAAACACUUUCUGUCACUGUUUAUUUUUGUCUCAUAUAUAACUGUGUUGAUCGUCUGACAUCAGUCCUGGGCGUUUGACUGUAUACAGUAGCUCCCCGGUGAUUGGCCACUUCCUCGCUGUUAUGAACAUGAUCGUAGCUAUUACAGAUUACAGUAUAGUUAACCCAUCAGCAGAGGUACUCACCAAUAUUCCUGAAUCGCUGAAUCCUUUCACAAUACUCAGAGGACAUAUUUUAUUCACCCAUGACAU